AUGUCGGGACCUGAUAACAGCGACGGCGGCUGGAGGACUUGGGUUUGGAAUUCAGAGAAGAAGGCGUUCAUGGGACGAACAGGAUGCAGCUGGUUUAAGAUCCUCCUGUUUUACGUGAUAUUCUUCGGAUGCCUUGCUGGAUUUUUUACGGCGACCAUUCAGGCUUUGCUGCUCACUCUAAGUGACUACAAACCCACCUACCAGGACAGAGUCGCUCCCCCGGGUCUGUCACACACCCCACGCUCACAGAAAUUUGAGAUUGCUUUCAAUAGGUCUGAUGAGACCUCAUACAAGAAGUACGUGGACAGCGUGGCGACUUUCCUUGAACAGUACGAGGAGUAUCAACAGUCUACUCUGAUGAAAUUCGAAGACUGUGGAAACUCUUGUCAGACGUACAAGGACCGUGGACGUCUGGAGAGCGACGCCGGACAGAGGAAGGCCUGCCGCUUCCGCAAGACCUGGCUCGGCAACUGCUCAGGGGACAGCGACCCCACUUUCGGCUUCAAGGAGGGAAAGCCCUGCCUCAUUGUCAAGCUCAACAGGAUCGUCAACUUCAGGCCAAUAGUUCCCUCAAAUCAGUCACUCCCAGAGGCUCUUCGGGGCAAACUAACGCCCAACCUGAUCCCCAUUCACUGCAAGAAUCGGAGGGAAGAGGAUGCAGGCAAGAUUGGAGAGAUCAAGUACUUCGGCUUAGGUGGAGGCUUUCCUCUCCAGUACUACCCGUACUACGGCAAACUGCUGCAUCCUCAGUACCUGCAGCCCCUGGUGGCCGUCCAGUUUGCCAACAUCGCUCUGGACCAGGAGCUCCGCAUCGAGUGCAAAGCAUACGGAGCAAACAUCGGCUACAGUGAGAAAGACCGCUACCGAGGACGUUUCCUCGUUAAGAUCACAAUCAGCUCUUGA